UUGCAGCCCUUCACGAGCCCCGCUGAUCCUAAUAUGGAAUUCGGCAGGAAACCCAUGAUUUCCUGACAUACAGCAAGCUGAAGAAACUCAAAAGUUUGCAUGAGAGGGGAGGAAAAAAGAAAGCCAGAAGUGGAAAGGGUGGGGAAGAACACUCUCUUCCAUUAAACCCUUCCAGCCUCUUCCUUUCUCUGUUUGGAAAUGCAAUGGAAAAUAGGGUGGAUUUAGCACGAAUCCCUGAUUUUUCAGGCCAACCCAGGGAAGGGCAGCAGGCUCUCUGUUGCUCAGGCUGCUGCUAUUUUUAAGCCGUGCGAAAUACCAAAGUCUCUGCAUCCAAGAUGAAGAUUUCCUGACUUGAGCUCACAACACGCGUGUCAGUUUUCUAUUUAUUCCCCCACAUGUUUCUCUCUGGCUGGUAUGGGGGAGACAGGCUGCAAUUCAAAGUUAUGAUUUCAUGAACAUCCAGCGACCAAAGACAACACAACUCCGUUCGGGGAGAAGCCGGUAACAGCCAGAAUUGCACACCUUCUUGUGGAUUUUCCCCCUCCUGCUGUGGUGCUCCAUGUGUACUUGAAGACAACCAGAACAAGAAGAAGAAGAAGAAAAGUGAAGCAACAAGGAUGAGCAACAAGACAGAAGUGCAUAGCCACUCUGAUGGCAACAUGAAGAAGAUGCUGAAGUGUGUUGUGGUCGGCGACGGAGCCGUUGGCAAAACUUGCCUGCUGAUGAGUUACGCCAAUGACGCUUUCCCAGAAGAAUACGUGCCCACUGUGUUCGAUCACUAUGCAGUAACAGUAACUGUUAGUGGCCAGCAGCAUUUGCUUGGGCUUUAUGACACUGCAGGACAGGAGGACUACAAUCAACUAAGGCCCCUCUCCUACCCCAACACGGAUGUGUUUUUGAUCUGUUUCUCUGUGGUCAACCCUGCCUCGUAUCACAAUGUCCAGGAAGAAUGGGUGCCAGAACUGAAAGGGUGCAUGCCCCAUGUGCCUUAUGUUCUGAUAGGGACACAGAUUGAUCUUCGAGACGAUCCCAAAACGUUGGCUCGAUUGCUUUACAUGAAAGAGAAGCCCCUGACUUAUGAACAUGGAAUCAAACUGGCAAAAGAGAUAGGAGCCCAGUGCUACUUGGAGUGCUCAGCUUUGACCCAGAAAGGCCUGAAGGCAGUCUUUGAUGAAGCCAUUCUCACCAUCUUUCAUCCCAAGAAGAAGAAGAAACUUUGUGCCAGAGGCUGCAAUGGCUGCUGUAGAGUUGCAUGACGACAUUGGGAUCAAAAUGUAGGACUGUUUGGGGGUUUCAGUCAAAGCUUUUCCAUCAUUCCUUCCAUAUCUGUGACAGAGAGACAUCUGUGACUCCUCUGAACCACAACCUUGUGGCCUUUUCGCCUCUUAACUUGCUUUCUUUUCCCUAACUACUGCAGAACUGUAUAUGAAGGCAGGCAGACAAGUCCAUAUUGUGACUAUGUUCCCUGCUGAAGCCAGCUGACAAAAGGAAACCAGCUUGGUAAAACCCUCUGGCAAGUCAAGAUUCAUUGCAAUGGACCAGAAAAGAAGACAUAUCCAAAGAUUCCUAUCCUGCAACAGAGCCAAAAUAAACUGGAUGCCUUGUUUGUUGCUUUCAGCAAGAAACAAAUGGAUCGGUUGCAGUAUAGCUAUGCAAUAAUGGCUGAAGCUUAAAAUAUUUGAGCCGUCCUCAUCCAAAUAUGCAAUAGGGACUGAAUCGUAAAGCAGUUGAAGCAGAUAAGUUGACUAUGUUAUGAUGUAGAUGAAAUGUAGACCAGUUUGAAUUCAGUCUUUACAGAUGUUUCUUAUUUUCAGAAAGUUUUUUUUUUUUUGGGGGGGGGGGGGUUCCAAUUCUCUUUUACUGUAUUUUAUCUUUUGUUUAUAUUUGAAGCAUAAUCCAAAGAAAAGCCAUCAGAAUAUAAUGGCAUUUUAUCCUUCCACAUGUGCGAAUGCUUUUCUUACUAAAUGAACAAUGGAAUUACUUA